UCCCCCCGCCAGUCCGCCACUACCACUGCCACCUCUGCCCCGCCACAACCAGUCACCCAACCCCUCUCUCUCUCUCUUCUCUCUCUUUCUAUAUUUCAGCUUUCUUCGUCUGCUUAUGAAGCGAAGAUAAACACCCACAAAGCUUUCUUGAAAUAUUAUUCACUCCAUUUCUCUCUGGAGAUUGAGUGUAUCCGUUGCAUAAUCGUUAAUUUUAGAUGGAGUGGAGUGCGAGGUGGGGUUGUGAAAGCCUGGUCAUGUUAAGCUCGAAACCCGGUGAAAGUCCAAAGAAGCUGCAACUAACAGACUCGGAGAUUGUAGAAGACGGGGGGGAGCUUGAUGGCGGUGGAAGUGACAGUGGCAGUGGUGUCUAUGGCUCUGAUCCCGGGCAAGUACAUUCAACCAAGGGCUCAAUAUCACUGAAGAAAUCUCCUCCUCGGGAUACCUUAGUGGGCUCUGUAGAACCAUUGAUCGGUCUGAAGCUUGGUAAGAGGACGUAUUUUGAACGGGGCAAUGUUAAGAGCUUAUCUUCCGUUGCUCCAGUGUCAUCUGCGCCCAUGUCGAAGAGAACAAAAUCUUCUUCUCGGGGUUCACAAAUUUCACGGUGUCAGGUCGAGGGCUGCAAUCUUGACCUUUCGUCUGCUAAACAAUAUCAUAAGAAGCAUCGAGUCUGUGAAAAGCAUUCCAAAUGCCCGAAGGUCAUUGUUGGAGGAGUAGAACGGCGAUUUUGCCAACAAUGUAGCCGGUUCCAUAGCUUGUCAGAGUUUGACGAUAAGAAGCGCAGCUGUCGCCGGAGGCUUUCUGAUCACAAUGCAAGACGCCGUAAUCCACGGCAAGACUUGAUCCAGUUUAACUCAACAAGCCUGCCUUCAUCCUUUUACGAUGAUAGGCUACAAGUGAAUUUUGUGCUGAACCAAGUCCCGGUUGUCCAUUCAAAAACUGCUGCAAACUCGAGCUGGGACACUCGGAGCUCCAAGUUCACUAUUAGCGAAGAGUUCAUUUCCGAGCCUGAAAAAACUACCAGCAUAAACAGGCAGCCAUACAUAUCGGGGAUCCAGCUGCCAAAUGCAACCGGUUUGCACAGUAAUGCAUGGAAUUGGGCAUUGACAUCCAAGGCCACCAACGCUGAAGACUUCGGUCAAGGUGCGAAGGUAUCCAUGCCCCCUUCAAAUGUAUGCACAAUGCAGGAGUUUGCUUGUGCUCUCUCUCUUCUGUCAACUCCUUCCCAGAGCUCAUUUGAACCUAUAUCCGUUUCCAACGGUAACCCUGCUGGACAUGCGAAUCAGAGCAACUUUCCUGCUGAGACAAUGCUGCAUGCAGAUACAAUCCCUCAGGGCCUGCCGCUUGCCUCAUCAGAGUACUCGGUCUUCAACCAAUUUCCAUGGCCAUACCCUGGUUGGGGUUGCCAAUACUAACAACGCCCCGUCUCUUGUCAGGGAUUCAGCUGUUCAA